UGUGCCUCUCUCGCUCUCUCUCUCUCUCUGUCCUCUCUCUCUCCCACACAUACACACUCUCACAGUCCUCCAGCAAGGACACACUCAAGUGGGGGAGCUUCUGGAAGCAAGGAUUUUUAAGCACUCUUCCACAUUUGGAGCCUCUCGCCAUGCAUGAGAAGGAGCUCUGCGUGGACACAGCAGCGCACUGAAACUGCCAUGCUCCUCAUGACGUGGAAUAAUGCACAAAUGGGCUGUUUUUGGCUGCUUUUUUUGACUUCUGGAAUACUACAACGCUGCUAAAGACCUUUUCUUGUGCACAAGUGGAAAGAAGAGGUAAAAGAAGUGCCUCAUUGCCGGGCACCUUGUGGGUGCGCUCUGUAGUCUUGUUUCCAUGCAGCUCUGUCAUCCCGUGGCUUCUAGUCGUCCCAGUGGUCACCAUGACAACCAAGAGGAGCCAAAAGUGAAUCCAAGGCGUCCAAAAGAGUUCCCCUUACCUUUUAUCUCUGCAAUUGAAGACAUUUUUGCAGCAGCAGCAGGGUCUAUUUAAAGUGUUGUCCUUUUAAAUAGAAGUGUCACUUACUGUGCAUAAAAGUCCCCCCCUGCAAGAGGAACCAUGGUUCCAGUGCUCCUCUACAUGCUGCUGUGCGUCCACUUCGGAGUGUGCCAGCACUACCUUCGCCUCCGUCCGUCCCCCAGUGACCACCUGCCAGUCCCGGACCUCAAGGAGGACCCCGACCCGGAUUACGACCCCAGGGAGCAGGACUUGUCCGAAAGGACUCUGAGGAAAAAGCUGGGCAGCCACUUUGAUCCCAACUUCAUGUCCAUUAGUGCGCCUGUGCUCACCAACUUCUCGGCGCCAGACAUCAAGCUGCAAGGGCCCAUGCCCAAUGAGAUCAAGAAACUGGAGCUCACAGAGACCCCCUACGGGAAGCGCGUCAAGGUGGGCAAGAAGGCGCGGAGGAAAUUCCUCCAGUGGCUGUGGACCUACACGCACUGUCCCGUGGUGUACACCUGGAAGGAUUUGGGGGUGAGGUUCUGGCCGCGCUACAUUAAGGAGGGCAACUGCUUCUCGGAGCGCUCCUGUUCAUUCCCAGAGGGGAUGUCUUGCAAACCUGUCAAGUCCAUCAACAAAAUAUUCCUACGGUGGUACUGCCAAGGCUUUUUAAGACAGAAAUACUGUACGUGGAUACAGGUGCAGUACCCGAUCAUCUCAGAGUGCAAGUGUUCAUGCUGAGGACAUGGUGGUGGUGUGGAGCUUGGACUGGUUUCUAUUGCACUGUUAACUCUCUACAGAGGUGGGCACCAUAGCAAAUCUAUUUUUUUAUAUAGCAUUUUAAAGUGAAAUACCAACAUUGUACAUAUUUAAGAGGAAUGCAGCUAUUUUUUCUAAUUGAACCAGGACCAUAUUUUAUUGUCAACCCUUUUUUGGGGGGUGGGUGGGAGAUGACACCAUGCAGCACUUCAUAUGGAAGAGCUUUUUUUUAAGAGACAUUGAAGAUAUGCUACACCUCUCCAAGAGGUGACUUUUCUUUUUUGUUGUUGUUGUUUGUUUUUCAACUGACUGUUAUUUCACUGCAAUGCUGCCUAGAGUUUUUGUAUAAUAUUAAUAUCAAUAUUAAUUAAAAAAAAACACAAAAGUUGAGGUUAAAGAUUAUAUAUAAAUAAAGGCGUGAACUCAGCUUUUUUUGUCUUUGGGGAAUACAUAGUAUUGUAGAAAUCUGUACGUUUUAUUUAUUAUUUUGUGAGUAUAGAACAAAAGAGAAUAGCAGAGUAUACCAGAAUUAAA